UAUGUAUAUGUAUAUAUGUUUCUCUCUCUCUCUCUCUCUGUUUCUAUUUCUCAUUUGAGGAACUUUCUUCCCGAAGAAGCGGCAACAAUGGCGGAAAUGCGUGGGAGUCCAUCGACUUGCAGUAGAUCCUGGUCGAUAAGCGAGGAUUCCUUAAGACGAUACGUGUUCCACGCCAGCGAGAACUGCAUACAGGAGCUACUAUCCGCCUCCGACACUAUCGCCGCCGCCGACGGCUGGAAGGUCGUCGCCGCCGCCAUGGACGACGACGGCGGCGGCGUCGAGAUCUCCAAGCGCAGAUCCGGUUCACUCCACACCUUCCGCAGCAGACGCGUCCUCAAAUCGGUCUCUCCGCGCCAGUUCGUAACCGUCGCCACCGCUAUCGACGCCGCCAAGGAAUGGGACGGCGAUUUGGUAGAAGGCAGCUACAUCAAAGACCUAGACGAGAAUCUGAGCAUAAUCCGGCUGCGGUUCGGCGAGAAGGCGAAGCCGCUGUUCCGCAAUCGGGAGUUCAUUUUGUACGAGCGGCGGGAAGCCAUGGAAGACGGUACGCUGGUGGUGGCGGCGGCGUCGCUGCCGAAGGAGAUUGCGGCGGGGAUCCAUCCGAAGCAGAGCAACUCCAUUAGAGGUCUGCUGCUGCACUCCGGCUGGGUCGUGGAGAAGCUCGGCCAUGAUUCCUGCAUCGUCACUUACAUUGCUCAGUUGGACCCAGCGGGAUGGUUGCCCAAGUGUAUCGUGAACCGGUUCAGUACGAAGCUGGUAAUGAUAAUUGAAAACCUUAAAAAACAGGUGCUGACGUGUCCCACUAGGCCCGGCAGUAGUGAUGUUGCUACUUGAUGAUGGUUAUUAUUAUUAUUAUUAUUGUGGUUGCUGUUAUUAUUACUUUUUGUGUAAAGAUGAAAUGAAAAGAGGAUGAUAGUGGACUGGUUUGAUGUGAUGUGAUUUGAUUUCAUAAUAUGUUGUUAGAAAUUAA